AUGGGGCUCACCGUCGGCGACGACUUCCCUCGCGGGGUGCAAUUCAAACACGUGCCCAUCGACUGGGCCGACCUCAGCGUGCUCAAUCCGUUGCAAUGUGACCGGCCCCAGGUGCUUGAACUUGAUGGGGUUGUCACCACGGGGAAAACGGUGGUGGUGGGGGUGCCCGGGGCGUUCACCCCGACGUGUACUGAGACCCACAUUCCGGGGUAUUUGCUGAAGCUUGCGCAAUUAAAGCACGCCGGCGUCGACUCCCUCGUCGUGUACACUGGUAACGACGCGUUUGUGGUGCUGGCGUGGGGUAAGCUUCUUUUGGCGCUGGCCCACUUGGACGCUGGUGACGCUAAUGCCGCCUACCCUAAAGUGUACUUUGCCAGUGACGGCGACGCGAAGUACUCUGAAAGCAUUGGAUUACUAAAGGGGCCCGGCCGCCCCGUUCGCCACGCAGCAAUCAUCGACGCCGGCAAAGUGGCGUGGUUUGCCCACGAGACGGAGCUGGGGGUCCAUGUGCUGGGGGUCGACUCAGUGUUGGCGGCGUUGGCCCAGUAA